AUGUCCAGCCAGUCCAACUUCCUCGACACGACCGACUGGCCCUUGCAAAAAUCACCUCGACAAGAUAGUAUAACAUCGUUGGAUACUCCUUCAGAUACUGCCAGCGUCCACUUUACCAAUAUCAAUCUGCCGCCCACUCCAGCCCUCUCGGGGCACGGUGAUAGAAGUCGACAGUCGAGCUGCUCGUCAGAACAGAUAGUUCACGUCCCUUUGAAGAAGCCGGUCAACAUCUCCUUCAGCAAGGGUAGCAAACUGUUCAAGUUGAAAUACUCGCAAGUCCAACUUCGCAGAGAUGUGGCGGGUCACCUCAAGCAGGUUGAGCUGAGCGACCCGGCGGGCCUGCAAACCACAUUUAUUCACUCUUUUCCUGGCACAAAGAUGCCCAUUCCCCAUCUCGAGACCCCUGUCACAUCAAGCACCAGCCAUAUCUCUCGGGUAUCGUUUCUUGAGGAACAGAAUGUGCGGAUGGCAUCGACCUUGUUUCAGGCACAACCUUCAUAUACCUUUGAAACAUGGGAAGAUUGUGUACACUUCCAGGAAGCCUUACUCAGUCAAACAGUUGUCUUCACGGCGGGUAUUGCAGAGGCAAAGUCCAAAGGAAGAGGCGAAGAAUGCAUUAGUCAGAAUCUGCGCAUCCUGCGUUCGCGGACGGGGAAGCAGAUCAUUCUUUUCUUUGCCAAUUCACAACGAAAAGAAAAGAAGCGGUACAUCACUGUUCCCCUUGAUUGCAUCGAUCACAUUGAACAGAGCAAGAAAACAGGUCGGCCGAUGACUGUUUCAUUACGACCUAAUUUCGACUUGCUGGCACAAUUGAAGGCGCUUCACAUUACAUUCCUUGACGACAACGACCAAAAGAAGUUUUUCGGCUUGUUAUGUCACGGCGUCGGUUUCCAGGGAUGA